AAAAUGAGCGGUGGUCCCACGCAGCCAGCAGCGUACUGCGUGACCUGAGGAAUUCGGCAGGUACCUAUAGAUACUUCAGAGCUUCCAAGUGUGGAGGCGGCGAGCACUGCGAAAGCUGGCGAUGGGGCGACCCACUGGAUCGUAGAAGAUAAAUCCAUCAGCACCUGGCCCCUGUGAGAUAUUGACAUCAUCUUGACCAAUCUGACAGGCAACCAAACAUAUUCUUCCCUGAAAAAUCACACACCAUGAAGCCGCCUCUUCCAUUUCCACGCUGGUUUGGAGCGGUAAGCUUGUGGCUGUGUUUGGCCCAGACUGUCAUGCCGGCGGUCCUCACCAACUCCACGCGAUUGGAGUCCCUCUUGGACAAGUACAGGGACAAGGAUGAGGCGUGGUGGACGGCCAGGACAAGAGGAAAGCGAGCCAUCAGCGAGGGGGACAUGCACCUGAUCUUAGACCUACACAACAAGUUGCGGGGUCAGGUCCACCCUCCAGCCUCCAACAUGGAGUACAUGGUGUGGGAUUACGAGUUGGAAAGAAGCGCCGAGCACUGGGCUCAUACCUGCCGAUGGGAACAUGGGCCGAGCUACAUGCUGACGCAAAUAGGCCAAAACCUUGGAGCUCACUGGGGGAGGGACCGUCCUCCCACCUACCACGUGCAGGCCUGGUACGAUGAGGUGAGGUACUACAGCUACCCGUACUCCCAGGAGUGUAACCCACACUGCCCUUUUAGGUGCUCGGGACCUGUUUGCACUCACUACACUCAGUUGGUGUGGGCCACGAGCAAUCGCAUCGGCUGUGCCAUCAACGUGUGUUACAACAUGAACGUGUGGGGAAUGAUCUGGGCGAAAGCCGUCUACCUGGUCUGCAACUACUCCCCACCCGGCAACUGGUGGGGUCACGCUCCAUACAAGUAUGGCGCUCCUUGUUCCGCUUGCCCAGCCAGCUACGCUGGGGGCUGCAGGGACAAUCUCUGCUACAAAGAUGGGGGUGUUGACAGGCGUCCAGCUCCAGAGACCGAGGAGACCAACUACAUUGAACCAGAGCCGGAUGCAGUGAGAGAGAGGGAGCCCCAACCCAGGGCCCAAAUACCAAACCCUUCACAGCCCUCCGAGGACGUCGACAGAAACCGAGUCGUCAGCACUGAACAGAUGUCCCAGCAGAUGGACUGUGACACGAAGCUGAGGGAUCGGUGCAAAGGCACAACUUGUAACAGAUACGAGUGUCCACCCGGCUGCCUUGACAGACAUGGAAAAGUGGUUGGGAGCACAUUUUAUGACAUGCAAUCCAGCGUGUGUGGAGCUGCGCUGCAUGCCGGCGUCAUUGACGAUGAUGGAGGAUGGCUGGAUGUCACCAGACUGGGUAGAAAGCAGCAAUUCCCCAAGUCGCACAAGAACGGCGUGCAGUCAAUAGGGAAGAACAGAAGUGCCAACUCCUUCAAAAUAGAGUCGGUGCCAGGUAAGAAGCAGUGUACGUUUUCCACGAGAACCUCUCCGUUAUCAUUGUGUUGUUUCCUUCUAGUGAAGGCGGUCUCAUGUGACACCACCGUGGCGCUGUUCUGUCCGUUUAAGAAACCUGUGCGACACUGCCCGAGGUUGUACUGUCCCAGGAACUGUCUACGUGUGAGUCAAGGCAGAGUCAUCGGAAGCAAAUAUUACUCUGAUAAAUCGAGUAUCUGCAGAGCAGCCAUUCAUGCUGGAGUCAUCCAGAAUGAACCCGGAGGAUACCUUGAUGUGAUGCCAGUGGACCGAAGGAGGCAGUACAGUGGCAGUCACCAAAAUGGCAUCACUUCAGAGAGCUUACUAAACCCGACAGGAGGAAAAGCCUUCAGAGUGUUUGCUGUCAUCUGAAACAUUGUACCAAAGGACACACUCAUCGGCAUCGCACGAGCAGCCAAAAGGACCCGCAAGUAACCCAGUCAAGCACAAGGAAAACACACAAACUCUACACAGAGAGCCUCGAGCAGAUUGGCAUCCAGAACUUCCAGUACAAUCCACUGCCACACCACACUGCCCACACACUCCCUAAAAGGUACUUUCAUUUUGACAAGCCAAAAAAAGACUCCAGCACAAGAGCCACACACAUUUCAAGUCUGGUCAAAAUCCAGAACUUCGACAGCCUGCUGUGCCGUUUUGUGAUAACUAGGUUGUGAUUGGACCAUUUCCUCCAGGGGGAGUGGUUAAGCAAGUUCAUUUUCAAGUUGGGAGAAUGACCAUUGAGCUUUUACACACAUCGGAAGUGUUUGGCAAGCUUUUAUAUGCUGGCUACGUACGCAUAAAAAGUUAGGGAUGUUCAACUUUCACGUAAGAUUUCAGGAUGAACUUAAAAUUAGGGUUGAUACCGGGCCGAUAUCAGCAAAAAACUGAGUGCAGUUGUCCCUUGUUUAUGGCGGUUAAUUGGUUCCAAAGUGAAUUUCCGCACAGUGGGUUCCUUAUUUAUGAAUGGAAUAUUUUCAUAGUUAGAGCAUAGAAAACCUGUUUCAGACCUUCUGAUGUUUUUAUGUUUUUGUAACCUUCAAGAUUCAAGAUUCAAGAGUGUCAUUGUCAUAUGCAUAGUUACACUUGUAUUACCCAAUAUAGUAGACAUAAUAAUAGAAAAUAAGAUGUCUUAGUCACAAAUAAGACAUUACGUUAACAUUGACAGGAUACUUGGUGGUAAUAGUAGUAGAAUGCUAACAUUCACACAGGAGCUGCUGUCAGCCACAACUCACGCCAGUCACUGGCACGCUCCAAACUGCUAAAUGCUAACACUCAGCAACUCUACACUAGCUAGCAGACACACACAUCACUUCCCAGACCCUGCCUCUUAAAGGCGCACUCAAUAUCACAGAUACUACACUACAUAUAACAUCUUCUAAAUGCCUUCUAUUUGUAUGUUCCUUCAUUUAGUCUUUUUCAUAAUUGAAAAUGCUUAAUUUGGGCCAAGAAUGCAUUCAAUUUGCUUAAUUAUGCAUGUUUUUACUAAUGUUUUUACUAAUAAUAGGCCACAAAAUAGAUCACAAAACUGUGAUCAUUUAUUAAUUAAUUAAUUUUUAAACAACUUCAAUAGAGUGAGGGUGCAAUGUAACAAGGGAAGACUGUAUCAGAUUAUAUCUACCUGUAUCUAAAAUCUCCCACAUAAGCACUCCGAUACAUGCAGUCCAUUUCCAGACUCCGCUCCAGCACUUCUAUCCAGCAGCGCCCAGACAGAGCACAUGUGAUCGCAAAAACAGCGUGUGCUAACAAAGUAGCAAGGAGUAGGAGUGAUGUUGGCCCCUGUGGCCGUAUUUUUCAUUAAAGUCUGAAAAAGAUGAGUGUAAAACUUGUCAUGCACAAGUUUCCCGUGGUGGCACCGACUCGGCGACGUUUAAUACGGCCGAGCUCAUCACACAUCUGAAGCGGCAUCACAAAAAACAGCAUGAGGAUUGUCGCAAGACCACGGAGGCGAAGAAACAAACCUUUGGCUCUCUCAAACAACCAACGCCAUCGAAACAUUUGCAAAACCGGCAAAAAGUCAUUAGCGAUAGCAGAAAAUGCUGCUCGACGACCAGUCGGUGGUGAGUAAUGUUUGAGUAAUAUCACUUGAUCAAGCCUUUUCUAACGUUCCACACUACUAAACAACUAUGUAUGAUUUGUACUGAUACCAGAUCAAUAUCAGCCAAUGCUCAAAAGUUGCAAUGUCAAAUCAGGUACAGUAUGUAGGAUGAUUUUACUCAAAAUAGGAUCAUUUGAAGCUUCCGCUCUGAUAACUUGUCAUUCCCAUCUGGCAACACUGAUACCAAUUCUAACUCAAUCAGGGAAUGUAUCGGUCGAUUCAUGGAUCACCAUUCUGAAUUUUACGGUCUAUUCCUUGUUGGAGAACAUCCUUCAUCCUGAAAUUUCACCCAAAAACCGAAUAUCCCUAACUUUUUGUGAGUAUUGCGUAUGUAUGGUAUUAUUUUCACCGGAAUGCAGUACUUCCCUUUUAGUACAACAUUAUUUCUUUUGAGAAUAGGAAUGUAGUAGGAAAUGUCACAAGAUCUUACUGAGAUUAAAAUGGGACAAGCCUUUUUGUGCAGAAAAAAACUGUCUCAUGGUCACUCUGCCUGGGACGGUAAUAAAUAAAUGAAUGAACCACAAUAAAUGAAAAUGAAGUGGAUAACCAAGAUAUUGCCAUGUGCAUGCCAGUCUGUUUUCCUCGUCUCCUGCCUCCAAACAGGCAGGAAGAGGAUUCAGCACCUUUCAGCACCUUGGUGCAUUUCUUCCAUAGAACAACUGCAUGAACGCAGUGAGCCCUUUUGUCAGUCAUGCAGUCUCGUUGUCUCGGUGGGUGGAGGCGGGGCUGCUAGCAUACACACAGAGUGCAGGAGAGUGUAACGUAGUAUAAAUUAAAUUAGUAGAUUGCAAUAUAUUGUUUUUUUUUAAAUAUUUCUUCAUUGUACUUUUCUUACAAGUCAUCUUGUGUCAUUCUCGCAGAUCCAAUAUUGUUUGUCUUGUUUCAUACAGGAAAGGAAAAAAGAAACACAUGAACUGUAUAUUUGUGUACAUAUUACAUUCAAAUGUUGUAAAUAACAUAGAAACUUGCAGAAUGUGCUAUGAUAUUUGUGUUGCUUGCAUCAUUCACUAAUUUAACCAAGCAAGCAUACACUGUAUGCUUUUAUUUUGGUAACAUACUAACAGUUCCAUUACAUAUAUCCAUAUGUUAACAGUGAAUGUUGGCCUCCGCCAAGGCUGCCCUUUGUCACUGAUUCUGUUCAGAACUUUCAUGGACAGAAUUCAUAGGUGCAGCCAAGGCGUCGAGAGGGUCCAGUUUGGGGGCCUUAAGAUCUCGUCUCUGCUAUUUGCAGACGAUGUGGUCCUGAUGGUCCUUUACUGGGGCGGUUUGCAGCUGAGUGUGAAGCUUCUGGGAUGAGACUCAGCACCUCCAAAUCCGAGGCCGUGGUUCUCAGUCGGAAAAGGGUGGAUAGCUCCCUCCGGGUUGGGAAUGAGGUCCCCAGGUGGAGGAGUUCAAGUAUCUCGGGGUCUUGUUCACGAGUGAGGGAAGGUUGGAGCGUGAGGUCGACAGGCGGAUCGGCGCAGCUUCUGCAGUAUUGCGGUCGCUGUACCGGACCAUCGUGGUGAAGAGAGAGCUGAGCAGGAAGGCAAAGCUCUCAAUUUACCGAUCCAUCUAUGUUCCCACCCUCACCUAUGGUCAUGAGCUUUGGGUCAUGACCGAAAGAACGAGAUCGCGGAUACAAGCGGCUGAAAUGAGUUUCCUCCGUAGGGUGGCUGAGCUCACCCUAAGAGAUAGGGUGAGCAGCUCGGUCAUCUGGGACGAGCUCAGAGUAGAGCCGCUGCUCCUUCACAUUGAGAGGAGCCAGUUGAGGUGGCUCGGGCAUCUAGUCCGGACGCCUCCAAGGUGAGGUGUUCUGGGCAUGCCCAGCCGGAAAAAGGCCCCGGGGUAGACCUAGGACACGCAUGAGGGACUAUGUCUCAUCGCUGGCCUGGGAACGCCUUGGGGUCCUCCUGGUGGAACUGGAGGAGGUGGCUGGGAACCGGGAAGUCUGGACUUCCCUACUGAGACUGCUGCCCCACGACCCGGACCCGGACAAGUGGAAGAAAAUGGAAUGGAAUAUGUUAACAUUUGUGUUAAUAUUUUUUGAAUAAUAAUAAUAUUUGUGCUACUUAUCACAGCUUUUAUUUUCAAGAUUUCUUUCAAUGGACCCCUGGCUGGCCAGGUAUGUGCCUGACAGA